AUGCCUGCAGUUCCCCAAGGUUUAUUUGAUGUUAUCUUAUAUAAGGUUCAUUAUGCAGUCAGGGCUCGUGCGCACCCCUGGCCGGGAGGAGCCUGCAGCCCGCUGGUUAGCACCGCGCAGCUCGCGCCCGGAGGAGGCGGAAGGAGCCCUGCGCCACCGCCAGGAGGAGCGAGCGCGGCGGCUGCAGGCACAGGAGGAAGAGGGAAGACAAGGAAGGACGGCUCCCGGGCGGAGUGGGAGAAAUCCGGGAGCAGCCGGAGCAGCAGGUCCGGGGAGCGGUUCCGCGGCGCUGCGCCCGUUACUCGCACGGACGCUGCGGAGCUCCCGGGGCUGCCCAGUGCCCCUGCGGGGAGGCUGCCGUCCGAACCUGACUCCGGAGUUGAAGAUGCAAUGGCCAGAAGACAUGAAAGUGUCACGAGAAGGAUGUGGACAUGGGCUCCGGGGCUGUUGAUGGCGACUGUGGUCUUUUGGGGUCAUCAGGGGAAUGGACAAGGCCAAGAAUUAAGAUUUCAUUUGGAGAUUUUGGUUGCAUUUGAAAUUUGUUGUGGAAUUGACCGUGAAGAACAGGACUUUCCUGCCAAAACAGUAGGAAUAGAGUGGCAGAAGGAAGGAGGUUCCUUCUACAAGCAGGCACACAUCCUGUUUCACUUCAUCCUGUGA